AUGGUAAUACAAACUGCUACUACGUUAUCGCCAGCUAAGGCGAGACCUUCUUUCCCUCAUAACGAUUUGAUUAAAAGUAUGUCAGACAGCCUUAUAAGUCGCCCCACUCACCCUCCGAUUAGGAAAUUAAAGUCAUCCUUGAAAAUAUCACACCCUGAACCUAUUUCAAGAUCAAAGUCAGAAAUUUUCUGCACAUCACCUGAGAAAAAUGUACGUUUUGCUAUUGAAUUAACAACUGUUAAGAGAUUUGAUAAAAACGCGGAGCCAAGUUCUAUCUCAAAUGAAAACUCACCCACAUUAUCCCCUGUUGAUAGCAAUACCGCUGCUGAUGACGUCCAGCUUUUCAACAAUGAGGACUGCUGGUUCAAUGAUUCUUCGUUGGUCACAAACUUGCUGAAAAAUGAAAAGAAGUUUCGUUAUAUGAAUUCCUUAAACAACAUGUUCAAGUUGGACCUUUAUGAUUCAGAAGAUGAGGAUGAUAUUGACGAGCACAUCAAUAGCCAGGCCGAGUAUGGGUAUACCUAUAAUUCUUUAUCUACCCGAGGAAAAACUUCUGAAAAUAAAUCUGCUACCUCUUCACUGGCUACUCAGGCAACAAAUAUAUGUGAUUGGAAACUUCACUGCACAGACUUGGUUCCCUUCAAGAUAGCCCCUCCACUAUUUACCAAAACAUUAUCGGCCUCCGAUUUGCAAGGUCAGCUCACAAAGUACUUAAAUGGCCAAAAUGUAAAACUGCAUUCUCUCACUCAAUUAGGCGAUGAUUCAAGCAAAAUUACAGGUCUAGUGUACGUCAAAAACUUGAGUUUUGAAAAGUAUUUGGAAAUUAAAUUUACGUUCAACUCUUGGAGAGAUAUUCAUUACGUUACCGCCAACUUUAAUAGAACGAUAAAUUCGAAUGUUGAUGAGUUUAAAUUUACAAUUGAUUUGAAUAGUUUGAAGUACAUUUUACUCAUCAAAAGAAUCAUUACUAUGGAAAAGAAUACAAGCAGCUGUCCACUCAACAUUGAAUUAUGCUGCAGGUAUGACGUUAAUAAUGAAACAUAUUAUGAUAAUAAUAAUGGUAAAAAUUAUCACCUUUUCAUGACUACCUUCAAGAAGGGCGGUGAAACGAAGGAAAAGAUUCCAGUUGUCGUCGAGCCUGCUUCUCAAACAGAUGCAGCCAUGUCGCCGAAGGAAAUGAAAGCAAGGUUCGUCUCCUCGAAUCCCACUCUUUCAAGGUUUUUACCUCAAUCAAGAAAGUUCAGCGAGGAUACAGAUUACUAUAAUACAUCUCCAUUGAAACAUCUUUAUCAUAAUGAUACGACAAGCUGGGUUAAGCCCAAGAGAUUGAACGUUGUUUUAGAUAAACUUGAAAAUGCUACCCCUCCUCCUCCUUCUUCUGCUUUGGCUAACGACACCGCCAGAACUGGUAAAAUAACUAAAGAUAAGAACAAUGUGCUCGCCCCACCAACGGCCAGUAAUAGUAUUGACCUACCAAUAUUAGGAUCUCAACAUCAAUCACUAUAUUCUGGUUCAUCGUCAUAUUCUUCAUCAUCUUCCUCCAUUUCCUCUUCAUUAUCCUUUGCUUCUUCAAACAAUUCCUCCACAAAUUCUUCUUCCGCCUCUUGUAGUUUCCCACUUACUGAGCUCGAUAAUUUUGAUUAUGCGAACCUAUAUGAACCUAAUGAUACCUUCACAACGGCCAAUUUGUUUAAUCAUUCAUUAAAUUCCCUAAUGCCGGAGAUUUCUACUCCAUCAUUCUUCGGAGGCUUUAGAAAUGAGAAUACUAUUAAUAACAACGAUAGUAAAAAUUUGGUUACCUCUUUGGAGGAUUCAUAUGAGGACAAACAAAGUGUUAUUACAGAUACUACUAUGGACGAAAAUAAUAAAACUUCGACUAUCAACAAUUCCACAGACACGUUAAUCAAACCCUCAAAAGAAAAUGGAACAGUUAAGGAGAAUAAAUCAUCUGCAAACAGCACCAGUGCACCAUCUUCAUCUCAGAACCGGGCCAGUACAAUACUAAACGAUCAUUCGAAUGGGAAGAGUGAUCUCAAAUAUGUCAACUAUCAAUCAUUAUUGGAUUCCCAUUGUUUCUACAAUCAUCCCUCGUCGCCGAAUCUUCAAUCUACUUCAUUCUCGAGCGCAGCUCCUUUCUCGGGAAUUUCCCAAGCUUCUGAUAUUUUUGACUAUGAAAACGAAGAUAGUGAUAGUAAUCAGAUUGCGGGAGAAAUAGACAAUAAUUCGUUUCCUCCUCACUUUUACUUAGAUGAGGAUGAUAAAUCUGCAUGUCUCAGUGAUGACGCUUUGAUUGAUCAUCACAGAAAUACCAACCCAUUUAUAAAUACUUUCAGUUCAUCUCCACCCAUCCUUUCCCAAGAGGUUGAUCGAUGGCGACUUUGA